GGGUACUAAUUCGUCAGAAAAAAAAUGUGGGCAUUCUUGGUGCUCACUUUUGCCCUCGCUGUUAAGGCAUCAGACACUAACAACGACACAGCGGGUGAAGAAAAGCUUGAUAUAGCCAGAGGUAAACUGCUGGCUCCCAGUGUGGUGGGAUGAGGCAUAAAGAAAAUGCCCGAGCUCCAUCAUUUUCUUCUGGAGCGCUGGGCUUUAUACCACAACUUGGAAUAUGAUUCAUCGGAGGAGAAGAAUCCCCGUCUGAUACUCUAUAACGAAAAGGACGAGGUUGUAAAGACUGUUCCCGUGAAGAAAAUGAAGGCAGACGAGAUCAGCAGCCUGUUGGACUCACUAGGUUUCUACAAGAGGUCCCAGAAAGGGGAAGAAGUGCCAGAGGAGUUCCAGCAUUUCCCCCUGCGCACCCCUAGGGACGAGCUGUGA